AUGGGGCAGGAGGGGAUGGGCUACAGCAGCGGCAAGGCCGGCGGCGGUGGGGGAGGGGCCCUGCCGAUGACGGCGGCGCGGGCGCGUGGGGCUUCGCCGCUCAGCACCCACCAUCGGUCGCGGAAGAUCAGCCGCACCUUCAACAACGUCAAGAUCACCGUGCUCUGCGGCCUCGUCACCAUCCUCGUCCUCCGGGGUACCAUUGGGCUCAACCUCUCCCUUCCGUCCCAACCCUCCGACGCCGAUGCCCUCGCAGGCGCCAAGGCCGUUGAGGACAUCGACCGCAUCCUCCGCGAGAUCCGCUCCGACUCCGACCCCUCCGACCCCACCGACAGCGACCUCGACUCCUCCAGCGUCCUUUCCAACGCCACCGCACUCAACUCCUCGGAAGCCGCCGCCGCCUAUGCCGCCGCCGUGGGCAACUACGCGCUCGGUCCCAACGUCUCUGGCUGGGACGAGCAGCGCCGACGGUGGCUCGCGCAGAACAAGGGCUUCCCAGCCACUGUCCCCGGCGGCAAGCCCAGGAUCCUGCUUGUCACGGGGUCGCAACCAGGCCCCUGUGACAACCCGCUUGGCGACCACUACCUGCUCAAGAGCACCAAAAACAAGAUCGACUACUGCCGCUUCCACGACAUCGAGAUCGUUCACAAUCUUGCGCACCUCGACAACGAGCUCGCUGGUUACUGGGCCAAGCUGCCGCUGCUCCGCCGACUUAUGCUCUCCCACCCGGAGGUCGAGUGGAUCUGGUGGAUGGACAGUGACGCCCUAUUCACCGACAUGGCCUUUGAGCUGCCCCUCUCGCGCUAUGACAACCAUAACCUCAUCAUUCACGGUUAUCAGGAUCUCCUCUUUGAGAAGCACUCUUGGAUCGCGCUCAACACCGGCAGCUUCCUCUUCCGGAACUGCCAGUGGUCACUCGAUCUUCUCGCUGCGUGGGCUCCUAUGGGGCCCAAGGGCUUCAUCCGCGAGGAAGCCGGGAAGAUACUCACCGCAUACCUGAAGGGCCGUCCAGCAUUCGAGGCUGACGACCAGUCUGCGUUGAUACACCUCUUGCUCUCGCAGAAGGAGAAGUGGAUGGACAAGGUGUAUAUAGAGAAUUCAUACUACUUGCACGGUUUCUGGGCUGGGCUGGUGGACAAGUACGAGGAGAUGAUGGAGAACCACCAUCCAGGGCUUGGGGAUGAGCGGUGGCCAUUUGUGACACACUUUGUUGGGUGCAAGCCAUGCGGAAGCUAUGGUGAUUACCCAGUAGACCGGUGUCUCAAGAGUAUGGAGCGAGCAUUUAAUUUUGCCGAUAACCAGGUGCUGCGCCUGUAUGGUUUCGCACACAAGGGGCUGGAAAGCCCUAAGAUCAAAAGGAUCAGGAGUCAGACCACAAAGCCUAUUAACGACAAGGAGAACCUUGAUGUGAAGGCCAAGAUGUCGACCACUUCUUGA